AUGUACUCUCUUUUUAAUAUCUUUGGUCCACAUAGACCAAGCCAAUACACGGCCUACGUACGGAUCCUUGUGACAGAUGUCAACGACAACGCUCCGGCUUUCGCCCAAUCGGUGUACGAGGUUAGCGUGGAGGAAGACAAGGAGGUGGGCUUCGUCCUCAUCACCGUGACGGCCAAUGAUGAAGAUGAAGGUGCCAACGCCAAGCUCCGCUACCAGAUCACCUCUGGCAACACCAUGGGCACCUUUGACGUGGAGCCAGAGGUGGGCACCAUCUUUGUGGCCCAGCAUUUAGACUACGAGAUGGAGCAACGCUACGAGCUGAGACUGGUGGCCUCCGACGGGAAAUGGGAGAACGAGAGCCUAGUGGUGGUCCAGGUGGUGAACUGCAACGACGAGGCGCCCGUCUUCGGCCAGACAGAGUACCACGCCGCUGUCACAGAGGAGCUGACCGAGCUGCCCGUCUUCGUGCUGGAGGUUUCAGCCACCGACCCAGACCAGGAGGCAGACCAGAGCGCCCUGCGCUACUCACUCCACGGCCAGGGAGCCGACAGUGAGUUCACCAUCGAUGAGUCUACAGGCCGCAUCUACGCCCAACGCCGUCUGGACCGUGAGGAGCGCCCGGCCUGGCGUUUCCUGGUUCUGGCCACCGAUGAGGGAGGGGCGGGACUCACUGGCUUUGCUGACGUCCUUUUGGAAGUUCAUGACAUCAAUGACAACGCACCAGUCUUCCCAUGCCUGGCGCCGGACUCUUCAGGCUGCUUUGUUGGCCACGUGCCUGAGAACUCUCCCGCCGAUACCUCAGUGAUGGAGAUGAGGGCCGCGGAUUUAGAUGACCCCAAGGCCGGCAAGAACGCCAUACUGACCUACUGCAUCGUACAGAACGUUCGCAACGAGAUCAACCUCAAUCUGUUCUCCAUCAACCCUUCAACUGGAACCAUCAGUACAGUUCUACGGUCUCUGGACCGUGAGGUGGAGGACCGCUAUCUGGUUGUGGUUGAGGCCAGGGAUGGUGGGGGCUUGUCYGGKACUGGAACGGCUACUAUCAUGGUGUCAGAUGUGAAUGACCAUCCACCAGUCUUCACCCAGAGGGUCUACAAUGCCCAGGUGACAGAGGACCUAGAGGUAAACAGCGAGGUACUGGCGGUCUCCGCCAGCGAUGGCGACCAGGGUGAGAACGCAGUGGUCACUUUCAGCAUCGUCGGAGGCGACGAGGACAGGAAGUUCUUUGUGGAGACGGACAAGGCGAACCGGCGUGGUGUGGUGCGGCUGAAGAAGAAGAUGGACUUUGAAAAGCCCCACGAGAGAACRUUCAACUUGACUGURAAGGCRGAAGACGCAGACUUCUUCAGCCUGGCAUACUGCCUGGUUCAGGUGGAGGAUUCCAAYGACCACGCACCCGUCUUCUUCCCACAGUUCUAUGAGGCUCCUGCCAUGUCUGAGGACGUGUCUGUUGGCACCAUUGUGGCUCAAGUCACCGCUGCCGAUCUGGACUCAGGACUAAAUGGCCGCUUCUCCUACAGCAUUGCCAAAGAGUCUGACCCCWACGGGCAGUUCCUGGUGGAYCAGUCAGGCUGGGUGGUAGUGGCUGACUCUCUGGACCGGGAAAUGGUAUCCCAGCACAGACUCAUGGUCCUAGCCUCCGACAUGGGCAGCCCGCCACUCACCGGCACCGCCAUCGUCAUGGUUACUGUACUGGACGUCAAUGACAACGGGCCAGAGUUUGAGGUGCCCUACAAGCCCAUUGUGUGGGAAAACAUGGCUGCCCCCCAGGCGGUGAGAAUAAACGAUACAUCCCUGCUUCUCCACGCAGCCGACCGUGACUCCUCACCCAAUGSYGGACCGUUUUCCAUCCGUCUCCUGAUGUUAACCUCCGAUGCUACCAACUUCAACCUGACUGACCUGCGCAACGGUAGUGCUGCACUGACUACYCUGCGAACCUUUGACCGUGAACGCCAGAAGGAGUACCGUCUUCCCAUUCUCAUGAUUGACAGCGGCUCUCCCCCAAUGAGCUCAACCAGCACACUGACGGUUGUCAUCGGCGACAGGAAUGACCACGCCCACUCUCCGGGCCACACAGACUUCUUUGUGUACAGCUACCAGGGUGUUCUCCCCACAACAGUGCUUGGACAGGUUCAAUCCCCUGACCGUGAUGACUGGAGCGAAAAGGUUUACAGAUUCAAAGGCAAACCCCCCAGCGGGUUGUUCAGUCUGAACCACAACUCAGGCCAGUUGAUUAUCAGAGAGGGGGCCCCUGUGCCGGUGGGUUCCUACAGCCUCGAGGUGCGUGUCUCCGACAAGACCUGGCCCGACGUGACCUCCACUGCAGAGGUCGUCGUCAUGGAGCUGGACGAGGAGGCGGUCCAGAACGCCGGCUCUUUGCGUCUGUCCAACAUCACAGUGGAACAGUUCUUCAGUAGUGCACCGGGUCAGGAGAGUUCUUUCUCCCGCCUGGGUCGUCUCCUCUCCGAGCUUCUCCAGACCGACCGGGACAACGUCCACGUCUUCUCUGUCGCCAAUGGCAACCGCCAGGGUGAGCGCGAGAUCAACGUGUGGUUCGCCGCCCACGGCUCGCCGUACUUCAAGGCCGAGAAACUCCACGGCAAUGUGAUGGCGCAUAAAGCUAAGUUGGAAGCAGCACUGGGUGUGUCUAUCUCCCAGGUGGGUAUAGACGAGUGUCCCUACACAGACUGCAGUCAGUCGGGUGGCUGCAGCAGCGACGUCACCUUCAGCCUCACCCCCACCGCCCUCAGCUCCGGGAACACCUCCCUGGUGUCUGUCUCCGCCUCCUCUGAGGCACGCUGCGGCUGCAGGGCCAGAGAGAGCCUGCACCAGGCCUGCUCCUCCUACCCCCGCAACCCCUGCCUCAACGGAGGCACCUGUCAGGACAGCGAGCUGGGAUACAGGUGCAAGUGUCCACCCAUGUUUGACGGACCUGAGUGCCAGCAGACCAAGCACUCCUUCCACGGCCAGGGUUACGCCUGGUUCCCUCCCAUCAGGCCUUGCUUUCAAAGCCACAUCUCAUUGGAGUUCAUAACCGAGUCAGCCAAUGGGCUGCUGCUCUACAAUGGCCCUCUAGGCCCCGCCCAGGCCGGAGAGCAGGAGGACUACAUCGCUCUGGAAUUGAGGAAUGGCGUUCCGACCCUCAGCAUCAGCCAUGGAUCGGGAACACUGACGCUGCAGCUCCCAACGAGAUCCACCGCCACGGACCGCCGAUGGCACCGCCUGGACAUCGUCAGUGACGGAAAGGCAGUUCAACUGAUCCUAGACCAGUGUUCGGGGGCAGUGGUGAAUGAGGUGGAGGGUCUAGUGGUGGAGGUGCUGGAGACAGAUCAGUCUGGCUGCAAGGCUUCUGGAGAGACCCCUGGCAACCUGAGGUUCUUGAAUGUGAACCAGCCUCUCCAGCUGGGUGGGGUGAAGGAGACCUCCACACACAGACGCUACAAAGCUUUCACUGGCUGCCUCAGGAACCUGGUGGUCGAUAGCAAGGUGUAUGACCUGGGAAUUCCGGGGGAGAGCUUGGAUAGUUCCCCAGGCUGUGGCCUGACAGACGGGGUGUGUGUGACAGCAAGUGGACCCUCCUGUGGCGUCCACGGAACCUGCCUGGGCGAGUGGGGCUCCUUCAGCUGUGACUGUCACCCCGGGUACAGCGGGCACAAGUGUGACAUAGCUCUACCAGAGUGGUCCUUCGUCAGGGACAGUAUGCUACGCUACCAGCUGAGGGGGGGAGGUAGCCCCCGUCGUACACACAUCCAGCUCCUGCUCCGCACGCGCUCCUCCUCUGGCACCCUGCUCUCCAUGACGUCCCGCGAUGCCAACGAGUACAUCAUCCUGGAGAUCGUAGACGGCCACCUGUCGGUGCGUGCCAACCUGGGCGACGGUGCCCACUCCCUCCGCCUGGCCAGCCAGCGAGUCGACGGGGGCCAGUGGGUCCUCGCCAGCUUGCAUCGUCACGACAACCUCUUCACGCUGCGCCUGGAGCAGGGUGGUGGCUCGCGGGAGGUCAGGGCCUGGAUGGGGAACAGGCGGGAGAUUGUAGUGCACCCCUCCAGUGUGCUGCUGGGAAAUGGACCAACCCUGGGACAAUCUGCUGACUUCCAGGGCUGCUUGCGGGAUGUGAGGCUGAACGGCCACUCCCUCCCUCUGGAUGGUCAGAGUACAGAGUUCAGUACAGUGUUGGAGCGGAGGGGGGUGACYUCAGGCUGUCACUCAGAYGCCUGCAGUGCCAAGCCCUGCCGCAACCCCCUCUACUGUGUGGACCUGUGGAGGAAACACCAGUGCAGGUGUCCAGGUGGGCAGGUGACGGUGACAGACGAGACAUCAGGCCACCACCGCUGUGUACCCUCCCCCUGUGGACCCUCAGCCUGCCGUAACAGGGGCACCUGCCACGCCCUGACCCCCGACAGCUGGCAGUGCCGUUGCCCCGAGGGGUUCAGAGGUCAGCGKUGUGAGGUGGGCCAGAUGAAAGCCCACCGUAUGGCCGCCCUCAGCCCGGGCUCCAUCCUGGUCAUCAGCAUGUGUCUGCUCGUCUUCUUCGCUGUGCUGGUAGCCGGACAUGUGGAACCAGAAGGGCAGUCUAGUAAGUCUCCAGAAGAGGGCAAUGCCUAUGACAUCACAGAGCUGAAGAGGCCCCUGUGUUCCAGCCUGUCCCAGUCCUCAUCCUGCACCACCGCCCCCCUCAUCAAGUCCUCCCAGGGCUCCCAGGAGGAGGUGCACCCUGCUGGCUCAGCCUGCAGCUCAGGGACCCCCUACCUCCACAUCCCCCACCACCACCACCGCCAUCAUCACCACGCUAGCAAUGCUAGCUAUACGAAUGAUAGUAAUGAUGCGCAUGCUAGCUCYGUGGGCCACUGCCCCAUGGACUUCAAGAGCUACGUGGCGCGCAUCAUCUGGGAGGCCGACAACGACAGUCAGGAGUUCCCGCCGGACAGCUAUCACGUCUGGAGCAUCGAGGGCGCCGGGUCCCCGGUCGGUAGCCUCAGCUCGCUGGGUUCUGCUAUCUCCCACGAUACAGCAGAGGAAGAGGAGGGAGCAGCCUUCAGCUUCGACCGGCUAUCCCACUGGGGGGAUAAGUUUGAGGCUCUAAGUGAAAUGUACGAGCGACCGGCGCUGGCGCUGACAUACAGGGACGCUUUGAGUUACAGCCAGAGUCAGAGGAGCCAUAGUCAGGACAACCUGCCMCACCCUUUUUAG